UCUUCAACAAAUAAUCAAACCUGUGGGGGCGCCGACCGUGAGAAUGACCCUCCUCAUCACCUCAAUUAUGCAUCAUUCAUCACUACAUUGCAACAAUUUUCCUUCAACUUUCCUCUUUCUUCUCCAUUGUUUUCUUUGAGCCUAAUUAGAGAACUCCAAGAGAAGAGAUCGGGUAUUCGGAUUAACACGUGUAGAAGCGAAAUUCAUGGAGAAAAUGAAGGAUCACCAGCCUGAACAUCAUUAUCGAAUUAGAAGCCCAUUACAGGCGGCAACCUCCGACAGAUCGUCUUCCUUGUCUGAAUCUCUCAGCUCCUCCCAGACUCAGAGUCCCUCCUCCUCACAUCACUCAACUGCCUUCACAGAAAAUGGGGAGGCUGCUGCUGCUGCUGCUGCCAGGAAUCAUCACAAGAUGAAACUGGAAAGAAAGGGAACAAGUUUCGCUUACAGAAUUCGUGAACACGUGAGGAUGGGUCCUAAAUUUUCGGAAACGGUGAAGGGGAAACUGAGUGUUGGUGCCAAAAUAAUCAAGAAAGGAGGGAGAGAGAACAUAUUCAGGGACGUGUUUGGUGCGAGUGAUGGAGAAAAGCUGGUGAAGGCAUCUCAAUGCUAUUUAUCGACAACAGCUGGUCCCAUUGCUGGGAUUCUCUUCAUCUCCACAGAAAAGGUUGCUUUCUGCAGCGAAAGAUCCAUUGCUGUUGAAUCAAAUUCAGGGGGAAUUCUCAGGACACCCUACAAGCUCAGCGUUCCAGUGAAGAAGAUCAAAGGAGCAAAUGAGAGUGAGAAUGUGAGGAAUCCAGCGCAGAAGUAUAUUGAGAUUGUGACGGAAGACAAUUUCGAGUUUUGGUUCAUGGGAUUUGUGAGGUACGAGAAGGCGUUGAUGAGUCUUGAAAGGGUCAUCUCCAUGUCCAGAUAGUACCAAACCAAUUAGAUUAAUUUAGGAGUGCGCAGUUUGUGAACUUCCAAGUUGUAAAAAGCUGUUUUUAAGUUUGUGUUUGUCAGAGUAAUAUAUAUUGAGUUUGAAAAUUGAAUUGAUGAUACGGUAUAAUAAAGAGAUGAUGUUGGGAAUCAGGUUAUAUUUGGUGUUUUUGACAGCAGUUGUAAAUUGAAGCCAAGAAAUAUAUAUAUUUGUGUUGUAGA